AGAACAAAAGCGUCUUCAACACCCCCCCACAUACACAAAAUGGCUCAAUUUCUUCUCUUCUGCAUGAUCUUGGCAAAUGUUUUUGCUGUUCUAACCGUGCCUAGUGCAAAGGCUCAGACCAUGGCACCAGCUUCUAGUCCGUCCAGCAACGGUGAAAACUUGCACAAUGGGGAAGCACCCAUGGUUCGAAAACUUGGAAAACACCAGUCUAAAGUAGUGGUCAGCUCAUAUGGUGCACCUGGUCUCAGCCCAUCAGAAGCGCCUGAAACGAAAGAGAAAAGGCAGUCCGUGGAGGAAGCUGCCGGUACUUCUUCUAUUCAAACAGAUCCGAUUGAGUCAAGCAAUGGAGAGAAUGGGGGUGUCCAAGAACAGGGGAUCCUCCCGAGGAGGCAGCAUCAUCACUCUGUAGAUAAGUCAGUUGCCGGAGGAGGUGUAAUCCUGGGGGGGCUUGCCACGACUUUCUUAGUGGCAGUUUUUUGCUACAUAAGAGCUACUGGAAGACGCAAGCCAGAGACCGUCGCCUGAACUUCCAGUUGUAUUUAUGCAUACUGUAAAUAAAUCAAUUAAUAGAAUAUGAUUUACAAUCUAAACUAGUGGAUAUUAAAAGUUGAUUUUUUUUUUUAAAAAAAAAUAAAAUAAAAUCGAAUCUUUUAAA